AUGUCGAUGGAGCAUGCCAUGGUGAGCGCCGCCACGGGUGUGCUGGGCCCGCUCAUCGGCAAGCUCUCCGCCCUGCUCGAGAAGGAGUACGCCGGGCUGAAGGGCGUGCGCAAGGAGAUCGUCUCGCUCCGGGAGGAGUUGAGCAGCAUGAACACCACGCUGCAGAAGCUGGCCGUCGACGACGACCCCGACGCGCAGGCCGUGGAGUGGGGGAACCAGAUCCGCGACCUCUCCUACGACAUCGAGGACUGCAUCGACGACUUCGGGAUCCGCGUGGCGUCGCCGGCCGCCGGCGCCGGGAAGGGGAGCAGCCUGGGCUUCCUUCAGGCGAGCAUGGGCAAGCUGAAGGCGCUGGGAGCCCGCCACGGCAUCGCCGGCAAGAUCCGCGAGCUCAAGGCCCGCGUCGACGACGUCAGCAAGCGGCGCGACAGGUACAGCUACCAACCCUCCUCCUCCUCCUCCGGCCGUGCUACUCCCGCCGCUGCCGCCGCCGCCGCCGCGGCAGUGGCUGUCGACCCUCGCCUGCAAGCUCUG